AUGCAUCGUCUUUUUGCUGAGCUGGAGCCAUCUUUAACCGUCACAGAGCAAAACCUGGCAGACCGAGUUCGGUAUAUCUUGCGCUCAAAUAUAUUUGAUGUCGCUGAACUCGAACGGCUACGGCGUGAGGCUGUUCCCUCAUCGGAUGAAAAUGCUAUGGCUGAGGAUGCAGCGCCACAAAUGAUAGAGCAACCCGCAAACGUGGAUGCCGCCGUGAAUACCCAAGUUGUGGUUGAUUCAAACGAUGAUGGAACAGUCGCCCAGGAACUGGAAUUAGAGCAUACGAGGAGUACAUUGGAAGAGGCGAUUGUGGAAACGCGCAGUACGGCUCUCGAAAAUUAA